GAGUAUCGAUUUCGGCAUACAGAAACAUCAUUCCCUCGCGAAAUCACAUUAUAUUCAAAUUUGUCAAACCGCACUGAUAUGUUCCUCCUAUUUAGUCUACUCUUUUCUUAGCCUUCAAGUUGUUGGAGCCCACAUUUUCUUCACAACUUGGGAUGUCGAGCUCUCAAUUCUCUGAAGCUGACCUAACCUUGUCCAGCGAUGAAGAUAUCAAGUACCCUGAACAAGUGUGGUAUACUCUCGCCGCCUUUCUCUUCGUGAUCGGCUGCUUCCAGUGGGGAUUGUUCCUUCAUUCCAAGUUCGCCAGGCGGGGACACCACGAGUUCGACGAAGAAACGACUAUCACCAAUGGCGUUCAUCAGAAAAUUUCUCUUCGUCGACUUCCGCUUGCGGUCAUAAAUUUCUACCGCGUUGUUGCCUUCCGAUGGACCCUGGAAAUAGGACAAUCCUAUACCCUCAACAUGGCGGAGGUCUUUGUCACUGUGGCAUACAUCGUCCUUCUGUUGAUAUAUGCUUUCAUUAAUACCACCUCAGUCGAGGGUCAGAAGCUUGAUAUCUACUGGAGCAACCGUAUAGCAAUGCUGGCGUCCAGUCAGUUUCCUAUCGUCACGGCUCUUGGCACCAAGAACAAUCUUGUAUCUCUGGUCACAGGCAUCAGUUACGAUAAGCUUAAUUAUAUCCAUCGAAUGACGGCUAAGACAUGUUUCAUGCUACUUUGGGUACAUGGGGCUGGCAAUAUUGUAUCCAAUCCCUUCUUCAAGGAGAGGUUGAGCGAACCAUGGCUUCGCGCCGGUGUCACUGCCAUGGUCGCUUUCUCUAUCCUGAUCAUAGUAUCACUGCACCCCGUUCGCAGCAACAUGUAUGAGGUCUUCUUUUAUGUUCACUUCCUUGGCGUCCUUAUAUUUUUGGUGGGAGGAUAUUACCACACCAGAGGUGCUGACGGGUCAUAUUGGAUAUGGCCCUCGUUUGUGUUCUGGGCUCUCGACCGCUUCAUCCGGGCGGUUCGACUAGUUGUAUUCAACCACUCUUACUUUGGGUUCAAGUCAGGAACUGGGACAAUGGACGCAGCGACAGAAUUGCUUUCCGAAAAUGUCGUUAGAUUACGUCUAUGUCGACCCCCGCAUUUCCAUUGGUCCCCAGGACAAACGGCGUAUCUAAUUAUGCCUUCAGUUUCGACCCUGCCAUUCGAAGCGCACCCCUUUACUAUUGCGAGUUUUGAUUCUAGUCUGCUGUCGACCGCAUCGGCGGAGGAUCAAUCCAGCGCUGAGGUUACGGGAUCUAGCGUUCCGUUCUGGAAGGAGCUGGUAUUUUUGGUCAACGUGCAGGGAGGUUUCACGAAAAAGCUAAAGGAAGUAGCCGUCAAGAAGGAAACUAUCAAAGUUUUUGUAGAUGGCCCUUACGGCCCAUCUCCUGACCUCGGUUCAUACGAUACCUCUGUAUUGGUGGCAGGCGGGUCUGGUGUCUCGUAUACCCUCCCGGUCUUCCUUAACAUUAUCGAACGCGUACGCAAAGGGAAAAGCUCUUGCACACGCGUGGUGUUCAUUUGGUCCAUUCGCGGGGCUGAGUAUGUCCAAUGGAUCGAAGAAGCACUUAUCAAUGCUGUUCAGCUUGCUCCGCCAUCUUUGGCAGUCUCUAUCCGCAUCUUUAUCACCGCAUCUUCAUCCAGGGAAGACCAUUCCAGCAUUUCAAGUUCGACUGAGAAGAAAAGCAAUCCAGAACACAUGGUAGUUAGGAAAAAUUCCUUAUCACUGUCAUUCUUGUCGCUGCGCGGCGUUAAGACGGAAAAUAGAAGGGCGGAUCUAGAUGCUCUGCUCAAAGAAGAGGUCAAUGUAACCUCGGGGAGGAUGUCGGUGGGCGUUUGCGGAUCGCAGGGCAUAGCACGUGCGGUCCGUCAUGCGCUUCGGUUCCCGGUCUCUGGGCCUUCUAGUAUCCUCAGUGGUGGACCGAGUGUGACGCUGCACGUUGAAUCGUUCGGAUACGCUUGAUGGUCUCG